AUGACACUCGAGGAUUUCGAAAAAUCGCUAGCGGAGGAGCAGGAACACAGACGCGAGAAGAGCGACAGGAGUCGGCAUCGCCAUCACCGCGACCGCGACCGUGACCGUGACCGCAGCCGAGAGCGCAGACACCACCACCGUCGUCACCGCUCGUCCAGGUCGAGAGAGCGCGACCAUGAGAGACGCCGGGAUUCGCGGCGUAGCGAGGAUGACGGGCAUCGCCAUAAGCGAUCGCGCCACUCGACCGACCAUGGAGAUGAUCGUGAGCAUGAACACAAGCGCCGACACCGCGACAGCAGAGAUGAGACGGACGCGCCUGCCCCGGUGGAAGAAGUCGUACAGGAAGAGCCUACGCGCAUGAAGAGAGAUGCCUGGAUGCAGCCGGAUGGACUUGAUGUCGACUACGUUCAGAGACGCAAUACGACGCGUUUGGAAGAGGAACCAAAGCCGAAGAUGCUGCAGGCAGACUUUGAGCUGAAAAUCCACGGCAAGGAGCUCAACACCCAUUUACACGAUUUGAAGGAGGGCAAAGUGCUGGAGGAGAUUGAAGAACAACCAGCGCAGCACGAGGUGGACUAUACGUUUGGUGAUGAGGGUGCUCAGUGGAGAAUGACUAGGCUCAAGGCUGUUUAUCGGGAGGCAGAAGAGACUGGCAAAUCGGUCGAGGAGGUCGCCAUGAACCGGUUUGGAGACCUACGAUCGUUUGAUGAUGCACGGGAGGAAGAAGCAGAAUUGGACCGCCGCGAACGGUACGGUGAAGGUUACGUGGGCAAGGAGAAGCCUACGGGUGAACUCUUCCAGGAGAGAAAGCUGGAAGAGGAUGUCCACCGCGAUCCCCAUGAAAAUCUCCGCAGUCCCGGCAAGGAACUCGAUGCUCAGGGCCAGGGAAAACCAAUGGAAACUGUGCCACCGCCAAACACGACACAACAUCUGGAUCUGACGGCUCUCAACCGAUUGAAGGCUCAAAUGAUGAAAGCCAAGCUCAAGCGCGCGCCAGAUGCAGCCGAGCUCGAGGAGCGCUAUAAUGCAGCCGCAGCUGCCAUGUCAAACCGGAAAGAAUCCGAUGUGGUGGUUCUGGGCGUUAUGGAGAACCGGAUGCUGGCUGGCACUCGGAACGAAGUGAAAGCAGUUGAUAACCGGCGCGGCCGUGAACGCGGCAAGGUAGAGGAGAACGACGAAAUGACAAUCGAGGACAUGGUCCAGGAAGAGCGUCGCACCCGGGGGCAAUUUGGAGGCGACGGUCGACGGAUGGCGGAGCGAAUUGCCAAAGACUCGAAAUUUGAGAAUGACCUGGAAUACAUGGACGACAAUGCCUCCAAGCUGGCCAAGCGGGUGCACCGAUCCGAGAUCGACAUCAAGAACAUCACCAUCAACGAGCUGCAAAAGAUGAACCGCAUCCUCGACAACUGUCCUCUCUGCCAUCACGAAGACACGAAUACGCCCCCCGUUGCACCCGUAGUGGCAUUAGCAACGCGGGUCUUCCUCACUCUUCCCACGGAGCCCGAGCUCAACGAGGGCUGUGCCACCAUUGUUCCCAUCCAGCACCGCACGAACCUACUCGAGUGCGAUGAUGAUGAAUGGGAAGAAAUCCGAAACUUCAUGAAGAGUCUGACCCGCAUGUAUCAUGACCAGGGCCGCGACGUGAUCUUCUACGAGAACGCAGCUCAGCCGCAUCGCAAGCGACACGCCGCCAUGGAAGUGGUCCCUCUGCCCUACAGUCUCGGAGAGACAUCUCCGGCCUUCUUCAAGGAAGCCAUCCUCUCCUCGGACGCAGAGUGGUCCCAGCACCGCAAGCUGAUUGACACCCUAGCCAAGUCCAAGCAAGGUAUGGGACGGAGUGCCUUCCGGCGGUCGAUUGCGCGGGAAAUGCCCUACUUCCAUGUAUGGUUUGAGCUAGACGGCGGACUAGGCCAUGUGGUGGAGGAUGAGAACCGCUGGCCUCGGGGGGAUCUUUUCGCCCGAGAAGUCAUCGGAGGAAUGCUGGAUCUGGCGCCGGAUGUGAUUAAGCGGCAGGGACGCUGGCAUCGCGGUGGAGAUCGGCGGGUGGCUGGCUUUCAGAAGCGAUGGAGAAAGUUCGACUGGACACGCGUGUUGGUGGAGGGCGCACCCUAA